AUGCAGACACUUACCGAAUUAAAUCUCGGGUGUAAUCAAAUUGGAGAUAUUGGGGUAAAGCAUGUAGCACGUGGAUUACAUAAUAUCAAGACACUUACCGAAUUAUAUCUCGCGCGCAACGAAAUCGGAGAUGUUGGAGCACAGCACAUAGGAAAUGCAUUACGAAAUAAUACGACGCUUACCACAUUAGAUCUCGUCGGUAAUCAAAUCGGAGCUGUUGGAGCGCAACGUCUAGUAGAAGGAUUACGAAAUAAUACGACACUUACCGCAUUAGUUCUCAGUGAGAAUCAAAUUGGAGAUGUUGGAGCACAGCACAUAGCAGAUGGGUUACGAAAUAAUAGGUCGCUUACAACAUUAGCUCUCGUGCGCAAUAAUAUUCGACCUCUAGGAGCAAAACAUCUAGCAGGCGGGUUACGUAAUCACAAGGCACUUACCACAUUAAAUCUGUAUGACAAUAACAUCGGAGAUACUGGAGCGCAGCACAUAGCAGAUGGAUUACGAAAUAAUACGACACUUACCACAUUAGAUCUCGCCGGCAAUAAAAUCGGAGAUGUUGGAGCACAGCAUCUAGCAGAUGCAUUACAAACUAAUAUGACACUUAUCACAUUAAGUCUGGGAUUCAAUCAAAUCGGAGAUAUUGGAGCGCAGCAUCUAGCAAAUGCGUUACGAAAUAAUACGACACUUACCACAUUAUAUCUCGGCAGCAAUGAAAUCGGUGAUCUCGGAGCGCAGCAUCUAGCAGAUGCAUUACAAACUAAUAUAGUAAGUAUUAUUCUCUUCCUCAUUUAUUUCAUUUAUCCACCAGUACUUUUUCAUACAGACACUAACCGUAUUAUAUCUCGAGAACAAUAA